CUCUCACAGGGCGUUGUCGGCCUGCAUACGCGCUGAUUGGCUGUUUUGACAUGACGUUGGCCAAUUAAAAGCAUGUGCUGCGUCCAGAUCUAUCGCCAGCCCCACUUUACAAUUUCAGCUCCAAUGGUCGGCAAGCGACCGCUCGUGCCAGCGACGGCCAAGUACGCGAGCAGCAUGGGCCUCACCAAGGCCGCGGCGCCGCUCGACAAGAUCAGCGCGCGCAAGGUCGUGCGCCGGGCGCAGAGCAAAGUCAACCAGCGCCGGUACCGCGCCGAGCAGCGCCAAGCGUUCGACGCGCUCGAAGGCGAGGUGCAGGAACUCACAAACCAAGUCGCUCGGUACGAAGGCCAGGUCGAGGCGCUGCGCUCGGCCGUGCGCCUCCGUGAGCCCGAGCUCAAGACGGCGCUCGAGUAUUUCAACAUGUUUCGCGACGGCUUUCAAGUCGAUGCGCCCAACGUGGCGCAGGUCCAGCGGGCCUUUCUCUCGGGCGUUAUGGACCCGAACCUCGUGUUUAUGGGUCAGGAUGGUAUUGACAAGCUCUUUGCGCAGUGGACCUUGUACCACACGCUCUUCCACUCGUUCACGAUGGAGUGCCCGUCCUUGGAGAUCGUCCACCUCGACGCUCUCACGACGAUGGUGCGUGCGCCAGCGGUGCUCCAUUUGCGCCUCUCGCGCCGCUCGAUCGAGACCUUGUACCCACACGUCCUGCGCUCGGAAGCGCUUGUGCAGCGCAUGGUGGGCCGCGUCCUGCGCAUGCCGGUGCUCUGCCAAUUCCACUUUGACGGCCGCGGCGUCGUGACGCGCUUCGAUACGUUUGCCGACAUUGUCGUUGGCAUGAGAGACAUGCUGGAGAGCUUUGAAGACACGCUCACGGUGCUCGACGGCGUCCGAAUCACGGCCGAGGCCGAGCUGCAAGCACCGAGCGCUGCAUAGCGAUUGCUCGUAGGACGUGAUAAUGUUAUUUGCUCUCCACACUGGUUUAUGUACGAGAGCGUGUUGAUGGAAUGUAGCCCAGUGUCCAGCUCAGCAAUAGUAAAAACAUUUUUUUAUGUUAUGUUG